AUCUCCUUUCACUUCUUACCCACCACCCACCAUGUCUGCCUCUCAUGAUCAUUCUCCGACCAAAUUCAAAGGAUCGAACAAGAUAUGUCGUGUUUGCAGUGAUGAGAUCGGUAUUAAUGAAAACAGGGAGACAUUUGUUGCCUGUAAAGAAUGUCGGUUUCCUGUUUGCCGCCCUUGUUAUCAAUACGAACGGGCUGAAGGGAAUCAAUGUUGCCCUCACUGUAAUACUCGCUAUAAACGUCAUAAAGGAUGCCCUAGAGUUGCAGGUGACGAUGAAGACGAUGAUGACUAUGAUAAAGAUGAUUUUGAAGAUGAAUUUCAGAUUAAGGAUCAUUCUGCAGUACCUGUUACUGUAAAUGGAAAUGGAGAGUACAGUCAGCAUAAGAAUGUCCAGUCAGCUUUCUCUUUAGCUGGAAGUGUGACUGGUAAGGAUUAUGAAGGCGGCGAGCAGAAGGAGAGUUACAGUGAACCAGAUGAAUGGAAAGAUAGAGUUCAGAAAUGGAAAAUCAGGCAAGAGAAGAAGGGACUCGUUUCAAAGGACAAUCAUGGAGGAGGAGGAGGAAUCAAUGAUCCACCUGAUGAUGAUGAUGAUGAUGAUAUCAAUCUAUUGGCUGAAGCUCGGCAGCCAUUAUGGAGGAAAGUACCGAUUCCAUCAAGCUUGAUCAGUCCGUAUCGUAUUGUAAUCAUUCUUCGUCUCAUAAUUCUAAUAUUCUUCUUCCGAUUCCGAAUCCUCACUCCGGCUUACGACGCUUAUCCACUCUGGCUUAUCUCCGUCAUCUGCGAGAUCUGGUUUGGUUUCUCAUGGGUCCUCGAUCAAUUCCCCAAAUGGUACCCUAUCACCCGCGAGACCUAUCUCGACCGCCUCUCAAUCCGUUUCGAGCGCGAGGGAGAACCAAAUCGCCUAGCUCCGGUUGAUGUCUUCGUCAGUUCCGUCGAUCCGCUUAAAGAGCCUCCUAUCAUUACAGCUAACACAGUUCUCUCGAUUCUCGCUGUCGAUUAUCCCGUCGAAAAGAUCACCUGCUACGUGUCUGACGAUGGUGCGUCGAUGCUUCUGUUUGAUACCUUAGCGGAAACCGCUGAAUUCGCGCGGAGGUGGGUUCCAUUCUGUAAGAAGUAUGCGGUGGAGCCUAGAGCGCCUGAGUAUUACUUUUCGGAGAAGAUUGAUUAUCUGAAGGAUAAAGUGCAGCCGACUUUCGUAAAGGAUCGCAGGGCUAUGAAAAGAGAGUAUGAAGAAUUCAAAGUGAGGAUCAACGCUUUGGUGGCUAAGGCUAUGAAGAAGCCUGAAGAAGGUUGGGUUAUGCAAGAUGGAAGCCCAUGGCCUGGUAACAAUACUCGAGAUCAUCCCGGCAUGAUUCAGGUUUACCUUGGAUCAGAGGGCGCAUUAGACGUUGAAGGUAAGGAGUUGUCACGGCUAGUUUACGUCUCGCGUGAGAAGAGACCGGGCUAUCAACACCACAAGAAAGCUGGUGCCAUGAAUGCUUUGGUUCGAGUGGCUGCUGUCCUCACAAAUUCUCCAUUCAUGCUCAAUCUGGAUUGUGAUCAUUACAUCAACAACAGUAAGGCUGUGAGGGAAGCAAUGUGCUUUUUAAUGGAUCCACAGCUUGGGAAAAAGCUCUGCUACGUCCAGUUCCCUCAGAGAUUCGAUGGCAUUGACCGUCACGAUCGAUAUGCUAAUCGCAACGUUGUUUUCUUCGAUAUUAACAUGAAAGGCUUGGACGGGCUUCAAGGACCGGUAUAUGUAGGCACUGGUUGCGUCUUCAACCGCCAGGCAUUGUAUGGUUACGAUCCACCAGUGUCGGAAAAGCGACCUAAAAUGACAUGCGACUGCUGGCCAUCAUGGUGCUGCGGCGGUUCAAAGAAACCCAAUUCAAAGAAGAAAGGACUCAAGUCAUUGUUCGGCCUGGUAGGGUCGUUCAAGAAGAAGAAGAAGAUGGGCAAGAACUAUUCCAGGAAACAAUUUGACCUAGAAGAAAUCGAAGAGGGGCUUGAAGGGUACGAAGAGCUGGAAAAAUCGUCGCUCAUGUCCCAGAAGAAUUUCGAGAAACGAUUCGGGCAGUCGCCUGUUUUCAUCGCGUCCACUCUGAAGGAAGACGGAGGGCUUCCUGAAGGGACGAAUUCUUCUUCACUUGUUAAGGAAGCCAUUCACGUGAUUAGCUGUGGAUACGAAGAGAAAACUGAAUGGGGAAAAGAGAUUGGAUGGAUAUAUGGGUCUGUUACUGAGGACAUAUUGACAGGAUUCAAAAUGCAUUGUAGAGGAUGGAAAUCAGUUUACUGUAUGCCAAAAAGACCUGCUUUUAAAGGGUCGGCUCCGAUCAACUUGUCUGAUCGGUUGCACCAAGUCCUUAGAUGGGCUCUCGGUUCAGUCGAGAUCUUUCUGAGCCGUCACUGCCCACUUUGGUAUGGUUAUGGUGGGAAUCUGAAAUGGCUAUCCAGACUUGCUUAUAUUAACACCAUUGUUUACCCUUUUACUUCCAUUCCACUUCUCGCUUACUGUACUGUUCCCGCCGUCUGCCUCCUCACCGGAAAAUUCAUCAUCCCCACGCUGAACAAUUUCACCAGCAUAUGGUUCAUGGCUCUGUUCCUGUCCAUUAUAAUAACAGGAGUGCUUGAGCUAAGAUGGAGCGGUGUAAGCAUCGAGGACUGGUGGAGAAACGAGCAGUUCUGGGUGAUCGGAGGGGUGUCUGCUCAUUUAUUCGCUGUCUUUCAAGGCCUACUCAAGGUGUUGUUCGGAGUUGACACGAAUUUCACAGUGACUGCAAAGGCAGCCGACGAUGCCGAAUUCGGAGAGCUUUAUUUGUUCAAAUGGACGACCCUCCUUAUUCCUCCGACCACACUCAUAAUCUUGAACAUGGUUGGGGUGGUGGCUGGAGUGUCUGACGCGAUCAAUAACGGGUAUGGAGGAUGGGGACCGCUGUUUGGGAAGUUGUUCUUCGCUUUCUGGGUGAUUGUACAUUUGUAUCCCUUUCUUAAAGGUUUGAUGGGAAGACAGAACAGGACGCCGACAAUUGUUGUGCUUUGGUCUGUUCUUCUGGCUUCGAUCUUCUCGUUGCUUUGGGUACGGAUUGAUCCUUUCUUGGCUAAACAAACCGGACCCAUUCUUAAACAAUGUGGGGUUGAGUGUUAAAGAUUAUAGUAUCUCUGUUUAUUUGGCUUCUUCUUUAGCCAUCAAAAUAAGUCUAAACUUUCUUGGUCCCCGUUUUCUCUGGGUUUGUGAUUGUAAAAGAGUUUGAAUCGCGAUUGUGGGUUACUCACACACUACUAAAUGAAAAUAUGAUAGUUUUGUGGA